AAGACCAUUGUUACCAUCCUAUGUUGUUUGAAACCAUACCCAUGUUCAGAUGCCUGUGUUACGAUGCAGAAUGCUAUGAAGGUGCCCUAUUUCAUUUCAAUAAAGAAAAUUGCCCUUUGUAAAUAAAGGGUCACUAAUACAGGCACUAGGUGUUCCUUGCUCCUCUUCUAGAUGAUUAACAGAUGAUAUCACAGAAUUUAUAGUAAAAUGGUGUCCCUUAUAUCAAAUGAUAAAAUCAUGAUUCGCUCUUUUGGAUUUUUUCUUAAUAUUUUCAACCUAUGGAUGGUUGAAUCCAUGAAUGUAUAAAUUCAUCGAUAUGGAUGGUUGACUGUAUAUUUUUAUUUUCUGUUUCUAAGUUAAAGUAUUGGUUUUUUACCAGUUUGCAAAUCUGUGCCUGAGUUGUGAUUUUUUUAAAUUUUACCAUGAUUUGUGAAAACUUCAGCUAUGAACUUGUUAGUAAAUGCAUUUUAGAGUUCAUUUUGGCAGCUUCAGUCGGUUCUGAGUGUUAAAGGCAGCAAUUAUUUUAGGAAGACAGGGCUGUUUCUGUUGAAAGGAUACUUGCAUAUUUCCUAGCAGUAUGUUCUCGCUGUCAUUGAGAGAGGCUUCAUGAUUGAGUGCUCUCCGUAAUGAUGACCAUAACAGGGAGGUUUUGAGGUGGAGGUGUUAGUUUGUGGGCUACUCACCAUCAUUGAUUCAGAGCAGCAGAGUGAGGACCACAGCAGAAUCUCUUUUAUAUUGCUAUUUUGACUGCAAGUGAAAGACUAAAAAGUGUGAAUUCUUAUACAGCACAGCUAUAUUUUCAGUGCACUUAAGAAAAUUGUGGGGGGAUACUAAUACUACUGAACAAUUCUGCAGAAUUAACUUUAGUAAAGAAAUUAGUCUGAGUACAACUUGAGAUAGCUUACAUGUUUUCAUCUCUUCUGAACAACUCUGGGGGUUCCAGCUCCCAGUUUAUUAAAAUGACGAAAUGGAGAGGCUGCCUCUAUACUGAUGAAGAAAAUGUCCAUUUUGCCAGAGAGGAUGAACUCAACAAGGGUCAUGAUGAAGGAGGAGAGGAAACCACUGGACCAGCUUCCAUGGGAUUUACAGCACAUAGCCAGGACCCAGAGGGCUACAGCCAAGUUCACCUGCAAAAUGCCCAGGGCACAUUGAUCACCACCUGGGAAGCUGGUUGGAAUGUAACCAAUGCCAUUCAGGGUAUUUUUGUUCUAGGUUUGCCAUAUGCUAUACUCCACAGUGGAUACAGUGGGCUGCUUCUUAUUAUCCUGGCUGCAGUUUGCUGUUGCUACACUGGCAAAAUUCUAAUCGCUUGCCUGUAUGAAGAAAAUGAAGAUGGGCAGCUUGUGAGAGUGAGAGGCACAUAUGAAGACAUCGCCAACGCCUGCUGCAGAAAGCUAUUUCCGAAACUUGGUGGCAGAGUUGUCAAUGUGACCCAGGUGACGGAACUGAUCAUGACAUGCAUUUUGUAUUUGGUUGUUAGUGGGAACUUGCUGUCACAUAGCUUUCCAGCUCUACCCCUGACGGAGAAAACCUGGUCGGUAAUUGCAUUCGUAGGCCUGCUGCCUUGUGUAUUUAUCAAAACCCUCAAAAUUGUAUCCAAGCUUAGCUUGCUCUGCUCUUUGGUUCAUUUUGUUAUUAUCUUUGUAGUAAUAACUUAUUGUCUGACCCAAAUACACCGUUGGUCCUGGUCAAGAUUGAGCCUCUCUGUGCAGUUUGAGAGUUUUCUGGUUGCAGUUGGAGUCAUCAUUUUUAGCUACACAUCACAAAUUUUUCUUCCCAGCCUUGAAGGAAAUAUGAAAAACCCUGGAGAAUGCAGAUCUAUGUUGAACUGGACUCACUUCUUGGCUUGUGUCUUCAAGACAGCCUUUGCACUCGCGGCAUUUCUGACAUGGGGUGAAGAGACAAAGGAAGUUAUUACUGACAACCUUCCAUCAUCAUUACAGACCCUGGUGAAUUUGUGUCUCUUAUUCAAGGCCCUUCUGUCUUACCCUUUGCCCUUCUUUGCUGUCACAGAGCUUUUGCAUGGUUACAUAUGGCCAAGCCACAAAUCUCAUUGGCUUGCUGUUAUUUUAAAAAGUUCCCUCCUCCUGUUAACUCUGCUGAUGGCUCUGUUUGUGCCACAUUUUGCCCUUCUGAUGGGUUUAACUGGCAGUAUAACGGGUGCUGUAGUGUCCUUCCUGCUUCCUUCCCUUUUCCAUUUAAAGCUUAAAUGGGAAAAGUUAAUGUUCCUGGAGAAAUGUGCAGAUAUUUCUAUGUUUAUCCUGGGCAUCCUUUGUUGUGUAGCUGGCCUUGUUUGUUCAGUAAAAGGUGUGUUAAAAGCACUUGAAUAAAAGCCACAAGACUACAUUGAAGCCCCUCAACAUUUGGCUCAAUACAACAAAAAAGCACAACAGAAAACUGAACCUUAGAUAACUAAAUGUUAUUCCCGACUAAAGCAGAAUCACUGAAUCACUGGGAUUUACCCGUGUCUUGAUGCAUGAUUCAACAACUGAUUCAACGGAUCUCUUUAGUUGGGACUAAACAGUAGCUUCUUGACCAGAGAAUUUCAGUCAAGGUUUGGUCCCACUGAAAGCAACAGAGCAAGGUUGUAAUGGCAAACGAAUAGUUUAAUUUCAGUGGGACUAAAGUAUGACUAACACUUACUAAAUCCAAUCCGAGAUAUCCAUAUAUGCAUGAAGAUAUCUUAAUGAUCAAUUUCACAUUCAAGAGAGUUAUUGAAUGUCUGUGUGAUAUCAUAGAACAAAACAAAUCCAAAAUGAGACUGGUAUCUAACAGCAUAGUAUCAUCCCUUUCACAUCCUGACAUGGCUAUGCCUGUCAUCUGCUGAGGCUACUCUUAGCAAUUCGUAUUAUUCAAGUAUGCACUGCUCCUUCUCUGGUACUUAAUGUUGUUUCUUGUUAUUUCCUCUUCCAAAUACUAUAUUUCCUCUUGACUUUUUUUACAAAAAAUUCUUCAGAUGGCAUGGAGUUAUACCUUUUGUUCCUCCUUUUAAAAAUCCUUCCCAUAUUAGUGCCAGAUCAGCAAGCUAAAACCAGGUUGGGAAACCACUGCUUAUGCCUACCACCUUGCGUACUUAUGCUAUUGCCAUGGAAUGACUUCACCAUGACUCUUCAUUUUUAAAAAAAUAUCCCCACAUUAGUGUGAGAUUCCAAAAUUAGAUAAUCUCCCCUGCCCUCUUAUCUCAGUUUCACUCUUUAACAGUUCCAAUUACACCCUUUCACAUUUUUGACUGGUUAUCUAGUAUUAAUAUAUAAAGAGUUUCUUGUUUUAAGAAAAGGCAUUGGGGAAGAACACCAUAGAAGCUGUAUGAAUGAGGGUAGUGUAGAAGAAAACUGGAAGUGAAAGUAUUACAAGACAAUUAUUGUACUGACUAGAAGGGAAUUUUACCUUGCCACCUUUAUGCUAACACUACAGUGAGUUUAAGUAACAACCACAGCAACAAUAAUAAACACAGGAACCUUAGACGGAGGAGAAGGUGACAAUUCCAAACUAUAAGUACAACUGGAGAUGGAAGGAAACGUUAGGAAAGACAUCAUUAAUACCCCAGCUCAUAGUACUAUCAGUUGCCCCCAAAUGAAUUCAUAGAAUCAUAGAAUAGUAGAGUUGGAAGAGACCUCAUGGGCCAUCCAGUCCAACCCCCUGCCAAGAAGCAGGAAAUCGCAUUGAAAUGAAUGGUCUCCUAAGGAUUUUAAGCCUAGUGUUAAACAGGGACACAAAAUUUAAAAAGGAGACAAAAAAUCAGGAAAUGAAGUGAAGUAGCCUGUGAUUAUCUAAAUGUCAUUUGGAUAUUGGGAAGGCGGAGAGAAGGAAGUACAACAGCCCAUUAUUGGAAUGACACAUUUGGUCUAUCUGGAUGGAACGUGAAAGAGAGAUACUGUAACCCAUGAUAGGGAAGCAGCAAAUAAGACCUGUCUCUGUGCCUUAGCCAGGUCUUCAUGACAUCAUGUUACAACAGUGUUUCUAAAACUCCAAUCUUCCAGGUAUUUUGGCCUUCAGCUCCCAGAAACCCUGAUCAUUGGCCAAAGAAGCUGAGGCUUCUGGGAGAUGAAGUGCAAAACACCUAGAGGACUGUAAUUUGGGAGCCACUGUGUUCCUAGGGUCUAAAAUACCAAAAAUGUCAAUUGUCAUUUUUACUGUGACAGAGAAAUGGAGAGCAUAAAAGUGUAUUAAUAUGCCCAGCUGUGACAUGGAUUUACCAUACCUAUUUUAUAAAACAUAAAUGUCUGUAUCUGAAUCACAUGAUUUUUCCCUAGGAAAACCUGCCUUUGGUUGCUGGAGUUGAAUUAUCUGGACUGAAGGAGCAAAUGGGGAGUGUUAAGUAAGACUUUCUUCAUCUGCCAAUUCAGCGCUUCAGACUGAAUCAGUAUUAGUCUUAUACUUGAAAGCCCAUAUGGGAAUAAUAGCUGGGAGGAGCUGAUUUGGAGCAGAAAAGCAGAUGGUUGGAAAGGGUUAAACAUAAACAUGCUGCCUCUCUAUUCUUAAUUGCUUCCCCUGAAAUGGAUUUUUUUUAAAGAAAAAAAAACUUGUGAAUACUUGCAUUUGUACAUAUAACAUAGUGUGGAGACCACAUAUUUUGAUUUUAUUCAUUUCCCCACUUUUUCUGUCCUUACAUUUUGCUUUUAAAUAUGUCACACUUUUUAGUGGAAUCAUUCUGUUCAACACGACUGUUGAAGACUGAAAGCAAAAAUAUGUAAGUCUUGUGCCGUAUUUCUGCAGUUCAAAUGAAAGGUUACUAUUGCACCCAUUAGAUGAUACAGAUUAUCAGACAAUUCAGAGAAAAUAUUUCAUUUAAAAAUGUUUGUUUAGUAAAACAAUCUCAUUAUUGUUUGUUUUAAAUGUUUGAUUGUUUGUAAAGUAGCUUCUAUAUUGUUUGUUUUGAUAUGAUUAUUUACCUCCAGACCCAAAAUGUGGGGUUUUCUUACCUCAACGGAAACAUCAUGAACAGAUACUUCUAUAAAUUGUUUUGAAACUAUUAAUGUCCUCUGAAAUUCAUCAACAAACCGAAUCUAUGCUUUUUUUAAAUGACAUUAAAUGAAGAGUGCAUGAGUGAACUAUUUCUGCUCAUUACUUUCACGUGUUACCCACAAUCUACAAAGGUAAAACAUGCAUAGAAUUAGAAAUAGCAGUUGAAUAAUCUGAGGUCUGUAAGUUGCUUGAGCAUUUUCUCAUUCAAGCCCAGUUUUGAAAAUAAGUUAUGGAACACAUGAGUGUAAGUCCAUAGCUAUGUAAUCUGAGUGAUGGAUAGGUAAUGAGUGACCCCUUAGAACAGAAGUGGGUGGCUGGCUAGUGGUCUGCUAGGACCUUUUGCAGGCUACAGCCCCCCUCCCCAAAAAACCUUCCAAAUACUCAAAAUAUUUUUUUCAAAUCUAUAUAUAUAAAUGAGUGAUGGCAUCACGGCGACUCACAAAACAGCAAAACCACAGGCCCCACAACCUCGAAAUUUGACAACACAACCCAUCAUCCAUGCCUCUAGGUUGAUACAACAAAAAGAAAAGAAAAAUAAAGUCCUAAUUAGAGGGAGAGCAAUAAUUUUUUUUAUCCAAUUGCUGCCAGUUUAGAGGGCUAAUCCCUGCCCACUUGGUCUCCUAGCAACCAAGGGACAGCCAGGGUUCAGUAGGGGACAGGCAGACUUAGGCCUCACUUAGGCUUCUUCCACAGAUUAUCUAAUUUGCACUGGAUUAUAUGGCAGUAUAGACUCAAGGCCCUUCUACACAGCUAUAUAACCCAUUUAUAAUCUUAUAUUAUCUGCUUUGCACUGGAUUAUCUUGACUCCACACUGCCAUAUAAUCCACUUCAGUGUGCAUUUUAUACAGCUGUGAAGAAGGGGCCUCAUAUCAUCCAGUUCUAAUCAGAUAAUAUAUACAGUAGAGUCUCACUUAUCCAACAUAAACAGGCCAGCAGGAUAAGUGAAUAUGUUGGAUAAUAAGAAGGGAUUCAGGAAAAGCCGAUUAAACAUCAAAUUAGGUAAUCGUUAUACAAAUUAAGCACCAAAACAUCAUAUUAUACAACAAAUUUGACAGAAAAAGUAGUUCCAUGCACAGUAAUGCUAUGUAGUAAUUACAGUAGAGUCUCACUUAUCCAACACUCGCUUAUCCAACGUUCUGGAUUAUCCAAUGCAUUUUUGUAGUCAAUGUUUUCAAUAUAUCAUGAUAUUUUGGUGCUAAAUUCAUAAAUACAGUAAUUACUACAUAGCAUUACUGCAUAUUGAACUACUUUUUCUGCCAAAUUUGUUGUCUAACAUGAUGUUUUGGUGCUUCAUUUGUAAAAUCAUAACCUAAUUUGAUGUUUAAUAGGCUUUUCCUUAAUGCCUCCUUAUUAUCCAACAUAUUUGCUUAUCCAACAUUCUGCCAGCCCGUUUAUGUUGGAUAAGUGAGACUCUACUGUACUGUAUUUACAAAUUUAGCACUAAAAUAUCACAAUGAAUUUAAAACACUGACUACAAAAACAUUGAUUAUGAAAAGGCAGACUGUGUUGGAUAAUCCUGAACAUUGUAUAAGCGAAUGUUGGAUAAGUGAGAUUCUACUUUAAUAUGAAAUAAUUACUGGGAUAGAAUAAUGCAGAACAAUAUAAUCUCUAAAACCAGGACAGUAAAUAAAGACCAACAGUCUGAAAGCAGGGAAAUUGGAAAUUCCACAAAGGAAACAAUCAGGGCCAGCUAACACCUCCCAAGAAAGGAUUCUUCCAGAAAGGAAGCUGAGAAGGGAGUGAAGCACUGUGUAUUACCAAAGUCAUUAUUAUUACUAUCAUUAUUAUCAUUAUUAUUAUUAUUAUUAUUAUUAUUAUUAUUAUUAUUAUUAUCAUCAUUAUUGUGUUGCGGUCAGCCAUGAAAAUGAAUACAAUCUGGCUCCAAGUAUUCAAAAACACUAAAAUCUGAAUAUAUAAAAAUUAAUGUGGUAUAAUAAAACAGAACAAUGCAAUCUCCAACCCCCAGAGUCAGACAUGACUGGACUUAACGUCAGAGGAAAACCUUGAUCCUUUACCUUAAGUACCACCAAUUCCUCAAUACUUUAUUUCCCAUACCACCAGACUUUGCCACAGCAAUGCGAAGUUCCCUAUGGUGGCAAUUUGGGGCUUGCAAGGGUUGAAGACUGAAAAAGCCCCCCAGAACUACAAUAUUAAAACCAAAUGUGGCAAACUGA